GUACUGGAACUCAAGCAGGCAGAUAAUUACUACUUGUCUACUGAUAUUUAUUUCAGUUCAUCUUCAGCCUGCACUGGAAAUAAUCAAACGAUUCGUAGUUCAAAACCUUAAAGGGAAUAAUCGAGACAAGAUGAAGUAUUUCGCAUUCUGCACUGUAUUCUUGCUUAUCGUAGCCGUGUUUAUAUUGGAUGCUGAUGCCUCUUACUGUCCCUGUGACUUAUCACAGAAAGGACAAUCAAAGGUAUGUGGUUCAAAUGGUGUGACUUAUGCCAAUCGCUGUGAGUUCGAGUGUGCACAAAAGGAAUACACAGUGUUGAAACGCAAACUCAACAUCGCUAAAAUGGGUCAAUGCUGAAAUGAGCCGUAAAAAAGCUCUUAAUAAAAACCAAAAAAAAAAAAAAAUUGUAUAUUAGUUUAAAAUUUUUUACACGAAAAAUCUAUGAAUAUAAUAGUUUUCGUUUAAGAUUUUUAUUUUUAUAUGUCUUCAUUUUUCCAAUAAAAAAUAAAUUCCAAAAAAAUUUUUAAAAAAUA